GGGAGACCAGAUAUAGUGAAUGCAGGGUCUGGGGAGACCAGAUAUAGUGAAUGCAGGGUCUGGGGAGACCCAGAUAUAGUGAAUGCAGGGUCCUGGGAGAGCAGAUAUAUAAUGAAUGCAGGGUCCGGGGAGACCAGAUAUAGUGAAUGCAGGGUCCUGGGAGAGCAGAUAUAGUGAAUGCAGGGUCUGGGGAGACCAGAUAUAGUGAAUGCAGGGUCCUGGGAGAGCAGAUAUAGUGAAUGCAGGGGUCCUGGGAGAGCAGAUAUAGUGAAUGCAGGGUCCGGGGAGA